AUGAAGACGAGCCGCCGCGGCCGAGCGCUCCUGGCCGUGGCCCUGAACCUGCUGGCGCUGCUCUUCGCCACCACCGCCUUCCUCACCACGCACUGGUGCCAGGGCACGCAGCGGGUCCCCAAGCCGGGCUGCGGCCAGGGCGGGCGCGCCAACUGCCCCAACUCGGGCGCCAACGCCACGGCCAACGGCACGGCCGCCCCCGCCGCCACCGCCGCCGCCGCCGCCGCCGGGAACGGCCCCCCUGGCGGCGCGCUCUACAGCUGGGAGACGGGCGACGACCGCUUCCUCUUCAGGAAUUUCCACACCGGCAUCUGGUACUCGUGCGAGGAGGAGCUCGGCGGGCUCGGUGAAAAAUGUCGCAGUUUCAUUGACCUGGCCCCGGCAUCGGAGAAGGGGGUCCUGUGGCUGUCGGUGGUCUCCGAGGUGCUCUACAUCCUCCUGCUGGUGGUCGGCUUCAGCCUCAUGUGUCUCGAGCUCUUCCACUCCAGCAAUGUCAUCGACGGGCUCAAGCUCAACGCCUUCGCAGCUGUCUUCACGGUGCUGUCAGGCCUCCUGGGAAUGGUAGCCCAUAUGAUGUACACACAGGUGUUCCAGGUCACCGUGAGCCUCGGCCCCGAAGACUGGAGACCCCACUCCUGGGACUACGGGUGGUCCUUCUGCCUGGCGUGGGGCUCCUUUACCUGCUGCAUGGCAGCCUCUGUCACCACACUCAACUCCUACACCAAGACGGUCAUUGAGUUCCGGCACAAGCGCAAGGUCUUUGAGCAGGGCUACCGGGAGGAGCCGACCUUCAUACACCCUGAGGCCAUCAGGUACUUCCGGGAGAGGAUCGAGAAGGGGGAUGGGCACGAGGAGGACCUCCGCUUAGACUGUCGCCACGAGAGAUACCCUGCCCGACACCAUCCACACAUGGGAGAUUCCUGGCCCCGGAGCUCUGCACAGGAGAUGCCAGAGCUGAACCGUCAGUGCUGGGUCCUGGGGCACUGGGUGUGACUGAGACCCGGCCUGGCCCCCAGACCUCAAGCUGUCACCAGGACCGGCCCCCUGCCAGAAGACCAGCGGUCUGGUGCCCCCGGAAACCUGGCCCAUGGGCUGUGAACUCAGCCGGCCUGUGUGGGAGACCCAGGCCUGCCCUUCCCACUGCCGCCUGGGGCUCAGGGCCCCGGAAACAGAGCCGGGGUGGCCCGAGGGAAUGACCAGGGCUGCACAUGCGACUGUGAGACAGCAACUCCUGACUCUUGCCACCGUCACACGCAGCGCCCUGUCUGGUGCAGCUGGGGCGCCAGGAAGGACAAGGCCACUGGCCUCUGAGGGCCGGCCGGGAAGUUCAGGGGGUGCCCGGCGGUGCGCCAGGCAGGGAGUGGGUGCGGCUUCCCGGCGCUGGCACCACCUUGGGGGCACACAGCAGGCACACAGCAGGGGCACAAUAAAUGCUUGUUGAACCUGU